AUGGCUUCACUCGAGGUCUCCCAGUUAUUUGGCGUCAAUGGGUACGUCGCCGUUGUGACAGGCGGAAGCAGUGGCCUCGGAUACAUGAUCUGCAAGGGACUCGUGGUCAACGGCGCCAAGGUGUAUCUCGUAGCACUUCCCUCUGAGCCCAUUGACGAUAAGGUCGCAGAGCUCAAUGAUCUUGGUAAAGCCUCUGGAGGGAGCGCAGUCGGAUACGCCUGCGACGUUUCAUCCAAAGAGGCCGUCUCCGGUCUCGCGGCAUUUGUCUCGCAGCGCGAAUCUCAUCUUGAUAUUCUUGUGUCCAACGCCGGUAUCCGCCGUGACCCUGUCAUUCCCUGCGAUGUCACGUCUGCCUCCCUCGCGGAGCUGCAAGCCUCAAUGUGGUCACACCGGCAAUCCGACUGGGCCGACACCUUCAGCAUCAACACCGCGGCGCACUACUUCCUCUCCGUGGCCUUCAUAACUCUCCUGGCAGCAGCGUCGCAGCGCAACGUGAGGGCCGGGGUCAAGGGCAGCAGUGAGGGCAGAGGCGUCGUGGUUGUGACGAGCUCGUGUGCGAGUAUGCACAAUGCGACCAAUGUCGACAUGUCAAGCUAUGCAACGAGCAAGGCGGCGACUGACCACCUGGUCAGGCUUUUGGCGGCUAAGUUUGGGCGGUGGUACAUCCGUGUUAAUGGCAUCAACCUUGGCUUUGUGCCAAGCAAGAUGAACACCGUGGGAGAAGAGGGCAACAUGUUUGCCAAUCUCUUUGAUCAAGUCCCUGCCAAAAGGGCAGGCAGCGAGGAAGACAUUGCGGGCGCAGUGCUGUACCUAGCGAGUCGGGCUGGGGCAUACAUCGAUGGGGUUAAUCUGUGUGUGGAUGGAGGGCGUAUCUUGGUGGCGAACGGACAGACAUAG